CUGUAAACAAUUGGCGCAUUUCGCAUUUGUGGGGCGCUGUGUUAGGCAGAACGAAUAAACCGGUAGAAAGUGCAUUCAUUCUGUUUGUGUUAAGUCAAACAAAGAGGAGCUCAUUUUCUUAUCUAAUCGAAAAAGAGAAUUUUUGAAUUCUUUUAUUUUUUCUUUGUAGCUCUGCAAAAUGAAAAGUGCAAAUCACCAUCUAUUGGUUGGUUUGUUGUUCUUGUUGGUUGCGGCGGGGUUAUGUGAUGCGUCUGAUAGGAAACGCCCCCUUUAUCGUAAAAGCUUUGUUAACCCCUAUCCGAGGUUUCGAGAGUUUGUAGACGGGGGAAAUCCCGGUGAACCACUGUUUCUGACGCCACUGAUUAAUAAUGAAUCGAUUCCAAGAUCGGCUAUUCGAGACAAGGCCAAAGUUGUGGGUUCUCAAUAUCAUGGUGUAGAAAGUUAUGCUGGAUUUUUGACAGUCGAUCUGAAAUUUAAUUCUAAUAUGUUUUUCUGGUACUUCCCAGCUGAAAAUGAUUCAGCAUAUGCUCCAGUAGUUUUGUGGCUACAAGGUGGUCCAGGAGCCUCAUCAUUAUUUGGGCUCUUCACGGAGAAUGGUCCAUUUGAGUUUGAUGAACAUGGCAAAUUACAAAAGCGAAAUUAUACGUGGAGUAGAACCCACAACUUGAUAUUCAUUGAUAAUCCCGUUGGAACGGGUUUCUCUUUCACGGACAAAGACGAGGGCUACGCUAGAAAUGAAAAAGACGUCGGACACAAUUUACACGAGGCAAUGCAGCAACUGUACGAACUGUUUCAGUGGAGUCAAGAUGGAGGAUUUUGGAUAACUGGUGAAUCGUAUGCUGGUAAAUAUGUACCCGCCUUGGCAUAUCACAUUCACAAGGUUCAAAAUGCCAUUGACACCCGUGUACACAUACCAUUGAAAGGUGUAGCCAUUGGCAAUGGUCUCUCGGAUCCCAUUCAUCAACUGAAAUAUGGUGAUUAUUUGUAUCAACUUGGCCUAAUUGAUGACCAUGGAUUGAAACAGUUUCAUGAUGCCGAAGCCGCAGGCGUAAAAUGCAUCGAAAAGCACGAUAUGGAUUGUGCUUUCGAUAUAUUUGAUAAUCUCCUCAAUGGUGACAUGGUCAAUGGAUCCUUGUUCAGCAAUCUCACCGGGUACAAUUACUAUUACAACUAUUUGCACACGAAAGGAGAUAAUUAUGGUCAAAUAAUGGGUGAAUUUAUCCAAUCGAGCACUACACGACGUUCCAUACAUGUUGGCAACUUAACUUACCACGAUUUGGAUACCGAAAACAAGGUAGAAAUUUUCUUAAAACGCGAUGUCAUGGAUACGGUAGCUCCAUGGAUUGCGGAACUUUUAAAUUUCUACACAGUUUGUAUUUAUAAUGGUCAACUGGACAUCAUUGUGGCAUAUCCCUUAACUCGAAACUUUUUAAAUCAUUUGAAAUUCAAGGAUGCCGACCUGUAUAAAGUGGCAGAACGCAAAAUAUGGCGUGUUGACGACGAAAUCGCCGGUUAUGCCAAGCAUGCUGGACAUUUAAUUGAAAUUAUGGUACGUAAUGCUGGACAUAUGGCACCAACUGAUCAGCCAAAGUGGAUGUUCUGGAUGAUUGACCAUCUAACGCACUACAAGAAGAUUGCCUAAAUUGUAUAUGAUACAAUAAUGUACUGCAAUGUUCUAAAAAUCUUAUUUUAUGUACAAUUAGUACCCAUCUCAUUUUUCUUUUUUUUCAACAAUGUGAAUAAUAAAAUUGUUUGUAAUGAAUUAUUAAAUAAAAAUGAAUCUGUUUAAACAAAAUAUUAA